CGCCACGAGAGUCAGCCGCGCGCUCCUCGUACUCUACUAUACACGGAGCUGUAAUAUACUAACGUAAUAAUAAAAUACGAAUUUAUUGGCGCGGUUGCGAGUAUCGGGGGAUAAAAUAAAAUAUCAAAGCGCGAGCUUCGUAUUAUUUAUGCCGUAAGAUUGGAGGAGUUUUACGCGCGAUAUAUCGCACGCAUUGAUCGAAGUAUAUAAAUUGUAAAGGUGUUGAUCCACGAUCGUUACGCGCUUUGGAAAUUGAUUCAAAAACGCUUGCACGCGCGAUAUUUGGGCAACGAGGCAUUCAUAGCUGUACGAGGCACUGUUCGAGCGACGCUGUUUACCGAAGAUCGGAGAGAACGAGCUUUACGUUAUUGAGUAAGUAAGAUGUAGUCCGAGCGAAGAGGUUCGAAACGUACACACGCAGAGACAACAGAUCGACUUGUUCGUACGCUUAUCAAGGCCGCUUCCGCAGAGAGUCGGCAGCUACAGUGCCGGAAGAGAGCCGAGAGAGAGAGAGAGAGAGAGAGUCUCGACACAUCUGCAGCAACGCAUAUAUAUAUUACGUAAAAUACCGAUCCACACCUGUCUUUCUAGUUGAAAGGGGACAAUUUUUUGCUGGCUGACAAGUUUUUUCCUCAUCGACAUACCAAGUUAUAACACAAGCUGCUUUGCGGAUAAUAUAAUACAAAAAAUAUAAAGUAGCAUGGCUUGCUCGAUGCUACUUCUACUUACUAAAACUGUUCAGGUCUACUGGUCUACACUCACAUAAAGUAAUCUAUAAUAUACCAUCAAUCGAUACUUGUAAAACAUCUUUUACAAGCCCAGCCAUCUAAUUCAACAUCAGUGCUGAGGGAAUGUCAGCAAGUUCAAGCUACAAACUCUGGCGGUCCACAACAGGACUGGACGAUGCUGGAAUGGAUUUGCGUGUGGCGCAAUUCAGUGCCCAUACCAGUCGGGAGUUCAACUCUGCCUCGACUCCGGCAGGGCUGGAGCAGCAGCUGCCUCUUCUUGUAGCUCUCUGUGCCAUUGCUGGUGCCAUUCUCUUUGCUUUCUUGGUUCUGAGGAUGGGACGCAAACAAUUAUCUAAUUAUUCAUCGUAUGCUUGUCUGAUGAUACAGAUCCUGUUAUGGCUGCGACAGCAAAUGUCGCGUGAGAAAGACGCGGAAGAGGGUGACAGACGUGGUUUGGUGGAGGAAGGUACAGCCUGUCCACUCGACGACGCUGACAAGAACAAUAAAUCAAAAUCAUUGACCGAAGCCAAGUGGGUUGACGACGCCACAUCGACGGAGAUCUCAGCUGAAGCGUCAGCGACACAGGUAGCCGCUGCUAUCACAGAAAAUGUGAAGUUUGAGAAGAUGAAAAUAAAGCAAACGGAAACGCGAUGGGUCGCAGGACCGACUCCGCACGUCUCGACGUCGUGCGUCGAACGCAUCGAGACGGCAUCCUCAUCCUUGGCCAGUUGCAGCAGUUCGGAGCAUCACACGACGACGAUCAGUGCCGGUGGCUGUGGAAGCUUCACCGGCGGUGCACAGCUACAGAGCAACAACAUCACUAGCAGUAGCAGUAGUACACUGACGGCGUCGCAAUGCGGCGGCAGCAGCGCGAGCCAGAGCAACGCCUCGUCGGUCAGCAUGGGCGUGUGCAAGCUCACCAAGCGAUCGCCGAGGCGCGAAGGCAAUCGUCGCACCCGAUCCAUGUACUCGACGCACAUGUCGACGAUCAUGACGUCGACCUCGUCCUCGUCCUCCUCGACGACGACGAUGGAGCAGCAGCAGGGUGGUGGCAUGAUGAUCAGACCCGAGCAGACGCACAUUCAAAGACGCGUCAAGGGACUGCUGGAGCGCCGUGGCUCCAGCGCGAGUUUGACCAUCGACCUGGGACCGGCUUCCGAGAGCCAGCCCCUGAGCAUAACGCCGACGCGAGAAUGCGCCGAGGAAUUUUUGCUGAGUACAGGGAACCUGCUGAACAGGAGUCAGCUGCACAGGGCGAUCUGUCAGCCCCAUCUGCUGCACAAGGAGUUCUGGGAGGUGCCGCUCAACUUCCCCGAGGCCGUGGACAUCUGUGGUUCCGGGGUGAAAAAUCGGUACCGAUCGGUACUGCCCAACGCCAGAUCUCGCGUUGUAUUGCCCGGUGGCGAUGAUCCCCUGGCUACCUAUAUCAAUGCUAAUUACGUCCGAGGAUACGAUGACGACGCGAGAUACAUAGCGACACAGGGUCCCCUGUCGCACACGAUACAGGAUUUCUGGAGCAUGGCCUGGGCGGAAAGGACGCCCAUAAUCGUCAUGAUGACGAGACUGCACGAGUCCGCGAAGACCAAGUGCGAGGCUUAUUUCCCACUCGAGAUGAACUCUCGACUGCAGGCCGGACCCUUCACGAUUAUUCUCAACUCAAUGGACACCCGAGGUGGUUACACGGUUCGCGAUCUUGAAGUCAGAUACGAGAACGAGAGGAGAAUCAUUCAACACUAUUGGUACGACUCGUGGCCGGAUCACGCAGUACCGCAGACGGCCGACGCGCUGGUCGGUCUGGCAGCGGAAAUCAACACUCUUCCGGGACCGAUAAUCGUCCACUGCAGCGCCGGCAUCGGAAGGACGGGUUGCUUCAUCGCGCUGGCGACCGGCAUGACGCAGCUCGCGCGAGAAGGGAGCGUCGAUAUUUUAGGAAUACUGUGCCAAAUGAGAUACGAUCGGGGAGGCAUGAUUCAGACGGCGGAACAGUACGAAUUUGUCCACAAAGCUUUAUGCCUGUUCGAGGAAACGCUCGAGCGCAAAACAACCAAAGACGACGACAAAAAAAAUCAAAAACCCAAGUAAUGAAAAUUACCAGACAGAGAUUCGCUACUAUGAAUCUUGAAGUAAAGAAAAAGUAAUUUCGAUUUCGUUUGCUCAAACGAAUGACACGCACGUAAUAAAAGAGAUGGAUCUCUUUUAUACUCUGUACACCACACUGAUGUUGACAACAAUCAACUGUAACGUUGUCUCUACUCUUUCUCUGACACUCUUUCUCUGUCUCUCUGUCUUGAGCUGCCAUAAACGUUUACACGCAUAAACUGCCAUAACAUAAUAUGCUGAAGUUUGAUGCGAGAAAACAAAAUUCAUCGAAAAAGAAUGCGAGAAAAUUUCGUCAAAGAAUUGAAAAGUAAUUCACGCGACAAGAUCUGGUAGCGAUUGAAUUCAGUUUCUUUUCUCUGCCGUUCGACAAUUAUCAUCAAAAAACAAAAAAUGACCAUUGCAUUUCAAUCGACGAAAAUGCGCGUUAAAAAACAUCGUGAAAACGUUGACAACCGCUUCGUUUAAGUUUAAUUGAUUGACAAUACUAAAAAGGCAUGACUUAACUUUUUUGAUGAGAGAGGAGAAAAUAUAUCGGAUAGAUUUUUUGGAAAAAUUUUUAAAUUAUGAAUCAGCAGAAAUCUAUAUUUUAGCAGCGAAUGAUUGUAUAUGGGUCAAAAUAAUACUUUU